AUGGUGACGUACAGUCGCGAAGCGUACACGAGUUUAGCUGGAAAGGUUCUCGCGCUCUACCGAACCAUUCGAAGCGGGGCUUUCGACCCAGAUCUGGAUCCAGCAUCACGUGUUAUGCAGGUGGCGGAUGCUUUGGAGAAGGGAGUGCAGUCGGCCAGUGCUGAAGGAGGACGACGGCAAGUUUCGGGUUUGGCGCCACCGGUGAAGCUGAAGGCUGAUUCUGAUGGUUCCGCCUCGGAGCCAGAGAAACCUGAACCCUUUGCCGUCCCAGGGGCCUGGGAGCGGCCUUGUGAGCGAGGUGUUCUUCUGGGUGCUGAUGUGCGUGAGGAUCGCGACCCUGAUGACCACGUCGGCAGUGUGCGACGAGCUGACGCACCGCAGCCACUGUCCCGCAUGGCCGACAGCGCCGAAUACAAAUCGGAUGCUUCCAUCCUCCAUGGAGUUCGUAGCCAGAGGGUCCAGGAGUGCCAUGACCUUGAGCUUCUUUCGGGCAUGGUUUCUCUCAUCUUCAUCACUACGCACGCAGCUUUCUUGGAUAGAGCUAAGAAGAUUGGCUUCACCGAGGAGACAAUUCAGGGCCUGGUGGACAAUGGUUACACCACGUUCGGGCGCUUGGCUUUCGCUGUGUCGGCGACGCCUACAACUUUGACUGAUGAGGCUGUGGACGCGUGGAUCAACGGUCUUGGCAUCAGUCCUACCGGCUACCAGAAGGGGAGCCUGCGCCGCCUUCUCUUCGAUGGCGUCAGCAUGGCCAUUGAGGAGGGAAAGUCACGGAUCGAGCCCGGGGUAAGGCCAUCCAAAGAAGUUAGCAGCUGCCGAGCGCAUGGACAGGCAGGCUCGCCAGGAGAGGACCCUGGGCGGCUUGGUCUUCACCCCAGAGACCCGGCAUGCGUGGACCUUUGUGUGGAGAUGCUGGAACCAGGAGGUCGCUGGCCUUCGACAUGGCUAAUCUCGCAUGUUCAGUUCUUGUUCUCAGUUUUGCAGCGAGCUCAGCCAAAGGGAUUUGCAGGCAUUCAGUUGUCGCAGAUCAUUGAGGCAGACAAGCAGCUGUUCAUCCUUGCAAGUAAUAACUUGAUGGGCAGGUUGACAGCACCUGCCGGCACAGAUCCAGUUCUUGAUGCCGAGAUCACCCGCCUUUCACGUAGUCCCGAGAUCAUGCAAUACUUGGCCCCCUUGCCGAAUCCUCCGCCGCACCAGUUCCUGCAUGGGGGCAAGCCAGGGGACAAGGGAGGAAAGGGCGCUGGCAAGGAGAAGAAGGGGAAAGGCGCUGGCAAGACACUUGAUCUUCCCGAGGGGUGUGCAACAAAGGACGAGGGCCCCCCAGAGGAUGCGCCGGACUCUGGAGAAGUGAAUUGUGGCGCGCUGGAAACUGGGGAUCUGUCCUUAGCGGAUCCUGAGGUUUGGGCACAAACGCGUUUGAAGAGUGCUGCACAGAUCUCGGAGUCCGACCUUCAGUCGCUCUUCGGUUUGCUUCCGAAAGAUGAGGUGCGAGGAGGUUCGCGUGAGGUGCGUAGUGCUUUCGUGACUGGUUGCUAUGCCCAGGGAGGUUUUCGUGGGUUGCGCAAGGAGUGUCACACUUUUCCGUUUGCAAGCCGAAUUAUGACCCGCUUCGUCAAGGAGCGUCUUCCCGGUCAUGUGUUCUCCACUUGUGGCUUCUUUUCAAACAGUGCGACCCCUCUUCAUAAGGAUGGGCGCAACGCACCUUGGCCUAAUGCCUUGUUCCGCGUCACAGACUUCCAGGGCGGCGGAUUGUGGAUUGAGGGACCAGGUGACGACGUGCGGGUUUCCGGUCAGCUUGAGUUGAGUGGCAGCGUGCAUGAGCUUACUUCCGAGCCUUUAGUUUUUGAUGCAUGGUCAAACUACCAUCAGACUGAGCCUUGGACUGGCAAUAGGCUUGUUUUGGUGACAUGGGUCAUUCAGCAGCUCGGGGACUUUGGUGAAGCAGAGCUGGCUAGGGCGCGGGGCUUAGGAUUCCUGCUGCCACCGGAGGUUCCCUUCCCGCUUGAGACAUCACAGACACGCCUCCCUGAUGAAGCUGCAUAUCCUUGUGUCCUUGCACAGAGGUAUUCUCUCUGCGUGGCCCAGCGGGCGCUGGUCACGUGGAUGCCUCGGCGGGUUCCCCUAGCACCCUUCAGGGAGGGACCAUCCCUGAAGCUCCCGGCUGUGACGCUCGCGGCCUUGAGGGAGAACCUCACCAAGGUCAUGGAGGGCAAGGCCAUCUUUGCCCUGGAGGCUUUGUUGCAGUCGGAGGGAUAUGACGACAUGGGAGCCAUCACAUUUCUCAAGGUCAGACGGGAGGCGCUUUUGAGCAAGUCCGAGCCGAUUGAUGCUGAGGAGGCAAGAGUCUUGGCGGAGGCAUCUCAAGAGGAGGUGUCGCUCGGCUUCCUUGAGGGGCCGUUUUACAGCAGGGCUGAAGUUUCAUCCCGACUUGAGACAGAGGACUGGACGGUGAUACGCCGCUUCGUCAUUUUCCAGGGUGCUGAGGGCAAAGCACGCCCAAUCGACAACUGCCUCGAGGCCCAGCUUAACUCGGGGUACACAUCGAGCAUCCACUUGCGUUUGCAAGACGGUGACUACCUGGCCGCCAUGGCCCUGUUCGUUGCCCGCGAGAUCCACGGGGGCAGGGCGCACCCCGAGGCGAAGGAGUGGCGCGGAAAGUGCCUUGACUUGAGCAAAGCGUAUAAACAGCUUGCAGUUCUGCCAGCCCACCGGCCUUUGGCAGUCAUAGCAGUGCGGCAAGAGGAUGGGCGCGACGCCCUGUACGUGUCAAACAUAUAUGCCUUUAACCGGGUGAGCCGUUGCUUGUGGUUCUUGAUCAAUCGACUGCUCUGGAUUCCUUCCGGGGUGUACUUCGACGACUACCCCCUGUUAUGUCCAGCGGCCACGGCCGAGAGUGCGGACUCGGUUGUGAGCGACUUUUUGGAUUGCCUGGGGUGGCGUCACGCCAAGACGGGUGUGAAGGGUCGUGCCUUUGCUCCAAGCUUUGACGUCUUGGGGAUGACCUUGGGCCUGGACAGGGUAGCCCAAGGAGAGGUGAGCCUUGCCAACAAGCAGGGUCGCAUCGAGCGCAUUGUAGCCCAGCUUCAGGAGGUUGGUUCUAGGGGUGAGAUUAGCAGGCAGCUUGCCCAGGUCCUGCAGGGUUUGUUGCAAUACGCUUCUGGCUUCUACGCUGGCAGGGCUUUGAAACACGCCUCGCAUGUGCUUUCACGUAUAGUGGGUGGCUUACACUUCAGCCCCCUUGACCUCCGAGAUUUUUGCCGUCAUACCAUCCGCCUUUUGCAGGACGAGACCCCGCGCAUUUUGAGGUGCUUCAUGACAACCGAUGUCCUCCACCUUUGGACGGAUGGCUCCUGGGAGUCAGGGGUGGCGGGAGUUGGACUUGCCGCUCACGACUGCUUCUCCGGGACAGGUUGGGUCUUAGAGGGCCGUGUCCCGUCAAGGGUGCUUGAGCUGUGGAAGUCCGAGAUCGGCGGCGAUCAGUUGAUUUGCGAAAUCGAAAUGUUCGCGAUUCUUGCAUCCAUGAUGGAAUUGAGUUCCAUCCUGGAGUCCCGAAGAGUAGUGUGGUGGGUGGACAACAACGCCACCCGCAGCCUCGUGAUAAAGGGGGCCAGCAGAAGCUGGGCCAUGCAUUCUCUUGCCCGAAUCUUCUCCCAGUUGGACCAGGAGCACCCAUCCAUGUGGUGGGUAUCACGAGUGCCUUCCUUUUCGAACCCAGGUGAUGCGCCAUCGCGAGGUCACGGCAUCGAGGUCGUGACGAUGGUGGGAGCGUCUUUCACCCGCUUGGAGGAGCUGGCGAAGAGGAUCCUUGAGCUCAAGCGAGCCUGA